AGUUAACCAUGCGGGGGUUAACCAAAAAUCCUUUGCAUUUUGCACAAAGAGAAAAUGGGGCUAAUGUAGCUGAUUACAGAUGAGCAGCUAUCAGUCUCACAAGGCAGGUGUCGUUGUUUUAUGACAAGCUCGAAUCGACUGUGUAUAGGGCUAACCCACUAUCAAUGGGUAAGCGCAGUAUUUCUAGUCCGUUGGGUUUGAUCUGUCAUGAAAAUGAACAGUAAAGAGCAGUGGAGGUUAUAUUCUUGUGAAAAUAAGAUGCCCCCGCUGAGUGAGUGAUGACAAGCCGUGGGGAGGCGGCUGACAUUGACGAUAUAGCAGUGACUGAUUAAAAUGGGAGCGCGGCGAAGCAAUGACAAUCGAACCGUAUCAAUGGGGGAACCAGCGAUCUGGUGCUGAGGAGAACGGAGCAUCAUCACCGACCAAAACACCAGCCUUCAGCAUCUCAACAGAAUCCGCCACAUAACAAAGAUGGCCAUUUCAAGAUGGAAAUGCGACUGACAGAUAAGAAGGACCUGUGAGACGUCGGGUGGAAACUGGGGACCCUGUCGGAGCUACAGCCACACAUGCUGUCUCCCUCACCCCACCAGCCUCAGCAUGCCCACUUCCGAGGCGCCCAGUGUGGGCAGUAACUCCAGCACCGUGCCCUGGGACCCUGGUUCCUCUGGUCCUCCUGGCCCCACAGAUUGGCCGUCGGUGGCCAACAGCGUAGUGAAGAUGGUGCUGAUCUCAGCCAUCGUGUGUGUGUCUCUGUUUGGUAACGUGGUGGUGUUGUUGGUGUUCCAGAGGAAGCCUCAGCUUCUCCACGUGGCCAACCGCUUCGUGCUCAACCUCCUCCUGGCAGACCUGCUCCAGACCGUGCUGGUCAUGCCCUUCGCCAUCGCUGCCACUAUGCCCGGCGUGUGGCCCCUGGACGCCCGCCUCUGCCAGGCCCUGGUGGUGCUUAUGCACCUGUUUGCUUUUGCCGGGGUCAACACCAUCAUCGUGGUGUCAGUGGACCGUUACCUGGCUAUCAUCCACCCACUGUCCUACCCCACCCGUAUGACCCCUCAUCUGGGCACCAACCUCAUUGCAUGCACCUGGGUGCUCAGCCUGCUCCAGAGCACACCACCCCUCUACGGCUGGGGGGCCAUAGACUUUGACCGCAGGCAUAACGUGUGUUCUGUGGUGUGGUCCUCUAGCCUGUCCUACUCAGCCCUGGUUGCCACGUUCUCCUUCUGGCUGCCUGUGCUCAUCAUGCUGGGCUGUUACUGGAUGGUGUUCAGGGCAGCAAGGAGGCAGAACGCCCUGGUGCACCCCAUCCAGACCCACUCUAAGUCCCAGCCUAACCAGCCUCCGGACCCCCAGGCCCCCUGCAUCGGCAGCCCUCAGCGCCUGCCCCAACAGCCACCCCCACCCUUGGACUCCUUCUCGGCCGGAGGGUACCCCAUCCGGGGCAGGCACAGACGUUUCCACUACCACUGCAAGGCAGCACGGGUGGUGUUUGUCAUCAUGGCAUCGUACAUCCUGAGCAUGGGACCUUACAGUGUUCUCAACACAAUGUCCAUUCACUCCAGUGCUGCUGUGCCUCCAUGGCUAGCCUCCCUAGCCCUGGUGCUCUUCUUCUUGCAGUGCUGCCUCCACCCCUACAUCUACGGCUACAUGCACCGCAGUGUGAGGAAGGAGUUCCUGGCCCUACUGUGUGGUCCGCUCUGCAGGCAGGGCCUUCUCUGCCACACCUCUGCACAGGACAGCUGCUUCACCGUGACCGAUGGACGAUACACGCAGCCCCAUCUGCCCAGCCUGGCUGCCCGCGUCUGCCCCCUCCGCACCUGGGAGGAGGGCACCACCACGGAGGCUACCUCCUCCACCAUGGAUAGGAGGUCCAGGGACAGCCGCAAAGACACCACCUCCACCAGCCUGAGCUCUGAGAGAGAGCUCACCGUCCACACCACCACGUAGAAACAGCCUGGGAGAUGGGUUGAACUGUUUUUCGUGUGGCAGUUUUCCCCUCCAGUGAAGACAUGGUUAUUCAGCAUGGCUAAACUUGAGCAGAUUUGCCUUCUGGUCUACAGGGUUUUCCAUUCAAUAGCUAUGUUUCCAUGAACUUGUCCACAAUUGUUUUGUUGACUUUUAGAAAGUUCGCAUAGAUGAUAGAUUCGACAAUUACCUGCUACAGUGAGUUUCCAUUUAAAACAAACUUAUGUCGAUAAAAACAGCUGUACGCAAUGACGUCACAACUAAUUAAACACGUUUUCGGAAAAACCUAUAGUGUCGAAUAAAAAUUAAGUGGUUGAAGUGUUUCCAUGACCCGUUUAGGCAAAUUGCGCAUUAAUAAAUUGUCGACAGCCUAGAAUAAUUGUGUGGUGAAACUUGCAUCUAGCCAACCAGAAAAUCUAUGUGAAGCAAUUCAGCCAUUCUUGAAAGUCAGGACAAGGAUCCUGCAAAGAAACAUAAUUUUUUAUAGUUAAAACAUUGAUUUAGCAGGCUGUAGGCAUUUAUAAUUCACAUGUGGAGUGGCGCUUCAUAGUACGUGUUGAAAUCACGUGCCCUUGCGUACCUUCAAAAGUAUUUGGCAAUACAUUUUUCAGAAAAACACAGUUUCUAUCAUCAUUUGUUGCAAUAAAGAAAGUUUGACAAAAGAAAACCCCACCCCUGUUGAAUGGAUAAAAAUGUUGUCGAUCUGAAGAAAAUAUUUGCCGUUUCCAUUACACAUCACAAUGAGACCUGUCCUGCAGUGUUUUCCGUGAAAAGCCAUUGUUAGUUCUCCUAUUGUUCAUUUAUGGUUGAUACGUAAUUUUGAGUGUUUUCUACUCUCAGAGAAAAAUCUCUGUCAAACGUCCACGAAACAGAUCAUAUCAAAUUGAAAGAACAUGCCGCAAAUGUAUUUGACUGUUCUAACCGUUGUUACAGAACACAAACUCCUCAUGGUGACAGCUUAUUAUGUUUGUCUCCUGUGAGGAGUAUUACUACUCACCCUGCCUGUAGUGCAAUAAUGUUGUAACUGUACUGUAUAAUAUAACACAUGAUGUCAAGGAAGAGAUGGCUGAGAGGGACCAAAAUGACCGGUCAUUCAUGUAAUUCAUGAAUCUGAUUCACUAGUUUAGCACCAGAAUUGUCACAACUAGCUACCUAUCAUAUGCACAGUUGUCCUGCAUUUCCAGAAUCUCAUCUACUAUCCCCAUUGAUCUCUGUGCCCCAUUACUCAGUAAGAUUAUCUCUGUGCCCCAUUACUCAGUAAGAUUAUCUCUGUUCCCCAUUACUCAGUAAGAUUAUCUCUGUGCCCCAUUACUCAGUAAGAUUAUCUCUGUGCCCCAUUACUCAGUAAGAUUAUCUCUGAUUAUCCCUGUGCCCCAUUACGCAGUAAGAUUAUCUCUGAUUAUCCCUGUGCCCCAUUACGCAGUAAGAUUAUCUCUGUGCCCCCAUUACUCAGAAAGAUUAUCUCUGUGCCCCAUUACUCAGUAAGAUUAUCUCUGAUUAUCCCUGUGCCCUAUUACUCAGUAAGAUUUUCCCUGUGCCCCAUUACUCAGUAAGAUUAUCUCUGAUUAUCCCUGUGCCCCAUUACGCAGUAAGAUUAUCCCUGUACCCCAUUACUCAGUAAGAUUCUCUGAUUAUCCCUGUGCCCCAUUACUCAGUAAGAUUAUCUGAUUAUCCCUGUGCCCCAUUACUCAGUAAGAUUAUCUCUGUGCCCCAUUACUCAGUAAGAUUAUCCCUGUGCCCCAUUACUCAGUAAGAUCCUCUGAUUAUCCCUGUGCCCCAUUACUCAGUAAGAUUAUCUCUGUGCCCCAUUACUCAGUAAGAUUAUCUCUGUGCCCCAUUACUCAGUAAGAUUUUCCCUAUGCCCCAUUACUCAGUAAGAUCCUCUGAUUAUCCCUGUGCCCUAUUACUCAGUAAGAUUAUCUCUGUGCCCCAUUACUCAGUAAGAUUAUCUCUGUGCCCCAUUACUCAGUAAGAUUUUCCCUGUGCCCCAUUACUCAGUAAGAUCCUCUGAUUAUCCCUGUGCCCCAUUACUCAGUAAGAUUAUCCCUGUGCCCCAUUACUCAGUAAGAUCCUCUGAUUAUCCCUGUGCCCCAUUACUCAGUAAGAUUAUCUCUGUGCCCCAUUACGCAGUAAGAUUAUCCCUGUGCCCCAUUACUCAGUAAGAUUAUCCCUGUGCCCCAUUACUCAGUAAGAUUAUCUCUGUGCCCCAUUACUCAGUAAGAUUAUGCCUGUGCCCCAUUACUCAGUAGGAUUCUCUGAUUAUCCCUGUGCCCCAUUACUCAGUAAGAUUAUCUCUGUGCCCCAUUACUCAGUAAGAUUUUCCCUGUGCCCCAUUACUCAGUAAGAUCCUCUGAUUAUCCCUGUGCCCCAUUACUCAGUAAGAUUAUCUCUGUGCCCCAUUACUCAGUAAGAUUAUCUCUGUGCCCCAUUACUCAGUAAGAUUUUCCCUGUGCCCCAUUACUCAGUAAGAUCCUCUGAUUAUCCCUGUGCCCCAUUACUCAGUAAGAUUAUCCCUGUGCCCCAUUACUCAGUAAGAUCCUCUGAUUAUCCCUGUGCCCCAUUACUCAGUAAGAUUAUCUCUGUGCCCCAUUACUCAGUAAGAUUAUCCCUGUGCCCCAUUACUCAGUAAGAUUAUCCCUGUGCCCCAUUACUCAGUAAGAUUAUCUCUGUGCCCCAUUACUCAGUAAGAUUAUGCCUGUGCCCCAUUACUCAGUAGGAUUCUCUGAUUAUCCCUGUGCCCCAUUACUCAGUAAGAUUAUCUCUGUGCCCCAUUACUCAGUAAGAUUAUCCCUGUGCCCCAUUACUCAGUAAGAUCCUCUGAUUAUCCCUGUGCCCCAUUACUCAGUAAGAUUAUCUCUGUGCCCCAUUACUCAGUAAGAUUAUCUCUGUGCCCCAUUACUCAGUAAGAUUUUCCCUGUGCCCCAUUACUCAGUAAGAUCCUCUGAUUAUCCCUGUGCCCUAUUACUCAGUAAGAUUAUCUCUGUGCCCCAUUACUCAGUAAGAUUAUCUCUGUGCCCCAUUACUCAGUAAGAUUUUCCCUGUGCCCCAUUACUCAGUAAGAUCCUCUGAUUAUCCCUGUGCCCCAUUACUCAGUAAGAUUAUCCCUGUGCCCCAUUACUCAGUAAGAUCCUCUGAUUAUCCCUGUGCCCCAUUACUCAGUAAGAUUAUCUCUGUGCCCCAUUACUCAGUAAGAUUAUCUCUGUGCCCCAUUACUCAGUAAGAUCCUCUGAUUAUCCCUGUGCCCCAUUACUCAGUAAGAUUAUCUCUGUGCCCCAUUACUCAGUAAGAUUAUCUCUGUGCCCCAUUACUCAGUAAGAUCCUCUGAUUAUCCCUGUGCCCCAUUACUCAGUAAGAUUAUCCCUGUGCCCCAUUACUCAGUAAGAUCCUCUGAUUAUCCCUGUGCCCCAUUACUCAGUAAGAUUAUCUCUGUGCCCCAUUACGCAGUAAGAUUAUCCCUGUGCCCCAUUACUCAGUAAGAUUAUCCCUGUGCCCCAUUACUCAGUAAGAUUAUCUCUGUGCCCCAUUACUCAGUAAGAUUAUGCCUGUGCCCCAUUACUCAGUAAGAUUAAGCAGCCUGCCAGUGUUGCCAAUAAACUCAGGGUGAUAUGGGGACUGUGGAGUGUCCAUGCAUGUCCUUGAAGCCUCUUGAGCCUGUGAACACCACUCUCUCUGCCCCUGUACCGUCUGGUUCCCUUUCAAAGCACCUCUUGUUACUGAGCUGAGCAGUGUCUCAUUGACUGUUCCCCUCCACUACCAAGGGAACUGCUCUAGACAGCCUUCUGAGAGGUACACUGUUCAUGUUUGCCUUAGCCAGUUUGGCUCUCUCAUCUCAGAGGUUCAAAAGAGGCCAGCUGAGAGCUCUAACAAAAUCCCCAUCUUGCCUGAAUGCGGCCAUGCAUCAUGGUAGGGCUCCACUGACUCCAUAUUUGCCCACUUUGCAGCUUCUGUAAAGCGUAGAUAGUAUUAGUAUACCAUGUCAGUAUUGGUGUUACUUUAUAUUUGCACUUUAUCAGAGCAUAGUGCAUUAAGUAUCCGUCGAUAUGAAACAGGUUGCAAUGUACUGUAAACCAUUACCAGGGAUUUUAUUCAUGUUGCGACCUCAAAAUAUUGGUUAAAAUAUUAAAUACGGUAAAAUGUACAUAACUCGUACAAAUGUGUGCAUAUUGAUUCGGAAAUGUAUUGCUCAAAGCCAUGAUGAAUGUACAGUAUAUGUAGAGAUCAGUCUCUGACCAUGGUCUUGAGGAACCAUAACGGUUGGUUUUCAUAGUACCUCAAGUGAAAUUGUUCAAUCUAAAGCAAGCUCAUCACAGACCUGUUGGUUACCAAACUGGAGCAUGGUGCUGAUAUUGUGUUACAGUAGUUCUUUUCAGCAUUGGUUCUUCUCUGUUCUGAGUGAAAGUCCUUCAAGCAAGUGUAAUCUGUAUGCAUGUUGAGAGGCUGAAGUGUUACGUAUGAGUGAAAUAGACUCGAGUGCUGAGAACCUCAAUUUUCAGCUAUUUUGUUUAAAAGGUAGUUGACUUGGAGAGAUAGUUGACAAUAGACACUAUUGUAAAAAGUACUGUGUGAUAAGUUUCCUGUUCAAUAUGUCAUAGUGAAACUAAAAGUAAACAUGUUUUAUAUGCAGUCCUUAUUUAAAAACUAGAGAUGUGUGGAUUUCUAUUGUGCUUUUUUUUUUAUAGUUCAUAAUUUUCAACAUGGUCCGAGGAUGUGUUCAUUUAUAAAAAUUAAUAAAA